CCUCGACCGCUCGCGGAGGUCAACCCGCCCAGGGCAUCCUCUCAGUGCCGAGGCAGCCGUUUUUUCUGUUCGUGUAUACGUAACAACCACACUCUUUUGCUCCUCCCGCUCUCUGCCCUGCGGUCCCCGUCUCCUCCGUCGUCAGGGUUCUCUGCAACGAACGCGCAGACGCGAAGACGCAUAUACCGCCGUAUUCCUCAAAGUGAACAUAAGAUGUCCGGACGCGUUUUAUUGUCCGUGUUGAUGGGAACGGCGUUGGUGCCGUUCGCCUCUGCUCAUGUUGCAUUGUGGCAUCCGUCCAUGUGGGGCUUCAAUGUCACCGACCAGACUUUCUCCUACGACAACCGUCCGGUUGCACCGCUCAUGCAGAUGCCCUUCAGCCAGUGGUGGUUCCAUAACCACCUCUCCUACCCUCCUAACGCCGGCGACUUCUUCGAGCUGCCUGCUGGUGGUACCGCGACCGCCGAGCUUGCCUGCGACAAAGGCGCGACGUCGUACUGGCCAUCGUCCCAAGGCGGUGACGUGCGUCAAGGCGACUCCCCGUGCCCGAACUCUCCUACUUCGGCAUAUCAUACGAACGGUAUCGAUGACCUCAAGGGAUGCUCUCUCGCGAUCACCUAUAAGAGCGAUCCGAACGACGUCCAACCCGAGGAUCUCGCUGUCUUCUCAGUCAACCAGACCUGCGUGUGGACUCGCUUCACCGACUUCCAGAUCCCCGCCGAGAUGCCCGCGUGCCCUGAGGGAGGUUGCAUCUGCACCUGGAACUGGAUUCAUUCUCCGGACAGCGGUAGCGCCCAGAUGUUCCUCACUCCCUUCCGGUGCAAGGUGACCGGCGCCACGUCGUCCAAGGCCAUCAUGACCCCGCAGCUCGCUCGCCGUUGCGGAGCCGACCCCGCAAAUGGCGUUACGGAAGCUACUCCGAGCAACUGCACCGUCGGCGCCAAACAGGCACUGUACUGGUGGCAAACCGAACGUGUCAAUAUGUUUGAGGGCCAGUACUCGCCGCCCUUCUACAACGACCUCUACGACUUCAAGGACGGCGCUCAGAACGACAUCUUCGGAGACUCCGACGUAGCUGCGGCUGCCCCUUCGUCGUCUAGUCAGAAGGCCGCCACGACUUCAUCCGCCCAGGCCGCUACUGCUGCGUCGUCCACCGCUGUUGCCGACAACCAGAACGAGACAGUUGUCGAGACCUCGACCUCCAGCUCGCCUGCCGCCGCCUCCACAACCGCCACCACCACUUCCCCCAAGAAAUGCAAACGCAACGCGAAGAAGGGGCUCACUGAGAGCAAACGCAGCGUGAAGAAGGAAGCCACCGAGAAGCGCAGCAACACCGCGCACCACGCCCGCAAUCUGGGACGCUUCGUGCACGACUCCACCGUGCACUGAAGAAUCAACCGUCGAUCACGACUCAACUGAAUCUCUGGAUUCCUCUCCUUGAAGCUCCAUCCGUAUACCCGCUGGAUGCAUACAGCGCGAGCGCCAAUGCGUCCGCCAGCUCCGGGCGACGCUGAGCGUUGUCCGCUGGAUGUUACAAAUGUUUGUUGAUACCACCGUUGUGCUAGGCCGCACUCUCUUGUUUCUAUGUUCCUCGCGCCAUGGCUGCGUUGCCUUUGCAUCUGUAGCUCCCUCAGAAUGUCUCGCCUCAAUAGAUUCAUGCAGUUUCA